GCAGCGAGCCACGCAGCUUUGACGUCGCCGGGCUGCGGCUCCCCGGCCCCGGCUGGCGGCACGUAUAGCACAACGUGACCGCACACCGCCGCCCUCCAUUCACACUCGCACUCUCGCACCCACCGCACGGCAGAGGGAAGCCCGCCGCCCCCCCUCGCCGCCCCCCCCUCCCCGCCAUGGGCCCGGCCGCCGCUCCGCAGGCGCGGUGAGGGCCGCUCCCGGCGCGCAAGAGCAGGACACACCUCCGCGGCUCCGCGCCCUCCCCCCCGACGCCACCUCCGCGCCGCGCGGGGGGCCCCGCGCACCAUGCGGGGGUCGUGGCGCUGCGAUGGCAUCUGAUGGCCGCGGGGCGCAGGCGGCUGCGGCGGCCCCGGGAGGCGCUCGGCGGCCCCGGGAGGCGGCGGCGGCGGCGGCCGGCUCCCUGAGGGGGCUGCCGCUCUGAGGGGGCUCGCCCCGCGCCUCUCCGCGCCGCUCCGCGCCGCCCGCUGCGCAGGAGGAGGAGGAGGAGGAGGAAGAGGAGGCGGAGGAGGAGGACCGCAGCGGUGCCCGCCGCCUGCCCCCCGCCGCCCUGCCUGCGCGGGCGUGCGCGGCUCGGCCGCAGCGGAGCGCGGGGCUCCGGUGGGCGCUGCGCUGCCUCCCCCCCGCGCCCCCCCCCCCCCGCCGGGCUGGAUAUGUGGAUGCUCACGUGAAGAUGGAUGUAGCGAUCGGGCUGCUGGGGCUGCUGACGGUUCUGCUGGAGGGCAGCUCCGGGCAAGGGGUGUACGCCCCCCCCACGGUGCGGAUCGUGCACUCGGGCCUGGCCUGCAACAUCGAGGAGGAACGCUACUCGGAGAGGGUGUACACCAUCCGCGAGGGCGAGACGCUGGAGCUGACCUGCCUGGUCACCGGCCAUCCUCGGCCACAGAUCAGGUGGACCAAAACAGCAGGAAGUGCCUCUGACCGAUUCCAGGAUUCCAGUGUCUUCAAUGAAACCCUGAGGAUCUCCAACAUCCAGCGGCACCAAGGAGGACGCUACUACUGCAAGGCUGAGAACGGCUUGGGUUCGCCAGCCAUCAAGUCCAUAAGAGUGGAUGUGUACUAUUUGGACGAUCCAAUAGUAACAGUCCACCAGAGCAUUGGGGAAGCGAAGGAGCAGUUUUACUAUGAGAGGACGGUGUUUCUCAGGUGCGUCGCCAACUCCAACCCGCCCGUGCGGUACAGCUGGCGACGCGGCCAGGAGGUGUUGCUGCAAGGCUCGGAUAAAGGAGUGGAGAUCUAUGAGCCCUUCUUCACCCAGGGAGAGACGAAGAUCCUGAAGCUGAAGAACCUGCGUCCUCAGGACUACGCGAAUUACAGCUGCAUCGCCUCGGUGAGGAAUGUCUGCAGCAUCCCCGACAAGAUGGUCUCCUUCCGCCUCUCCAAUAAAACAGCAUCCCCUUCAAUUAAGCUUCUUGUGGAUGACCCGAUAGUGGUGAACCCUGGAGAAGCGAUCACGCUGGUCUGCGUGACGACGGGAGGGGAGCCAGUCCCCAGCCUGACCUGGGUGAGGUCUGCAGGCGUCCUGCCUGAGAAGACAGUCCUGAACGGCGGCACUUUAACCAUCCCUGCCAUCACAGCAGAAGAUGCUGGAACCUACAGUUGCAUCGCCAACAACAACGUUGGAAAUCCUGCGAAAAAGUCCACCAACAUCAUUGUAAGAGCCUUAAAAAAAGGACGUUUUUGGAUCACCCCUGACCCAUAUCACAAAGAUGACAACAUCCAGAUUGGGCGAGAGGUGAAAAUCUCCUGCCAGGUAGAAGCCAUCCCUUCUGAAGAGCUCACCUUCAGCUGGUUUAAAAACGGGCGUCCCUUGCGAAGCUCUGAGAGGAUGGUGAUCACACAGACUGACCCCGACGUUUCACCUGGCACCACAAACCUGGACAUCAUCGACUUGAAAUUCACUGACUUUGGGACAUACACCUGCGUGGCGUCUCUGAAGGGAGGUGGCAUAUCGGAUAUCAGCAUUGACGUCAACAUCUCCAGCAGUACAGUCCCACCCAACUUGACUGUUCCUCAAGAGAAGUCCCCGCUGGUGACCCGGGAAGGGGACACGAUCGAGCUGCAGUGCCAGGUGACCGGGAAGCCCAAGCCCAUCAUCCUGUGGUCCCGAGCGGACAAGGAGGUGGCGAUGCCGGACGGGGCGAUGCAGACCGAGAGCUACGACGGGAUCCUCCGCAUCGUCAACGUCUCCAGGGAGAUGACGGGAACCUACCGGUGCCAGACCAGCCAGUACAACGGGUUCAACGUGAAGCCCAGAGAAGCGUUGGUACAGCUCAUCGUGCAGUACCCCCCCGCCGUGGAGCCCACCUUCCUGGAGAUCCGGCAGGGCCAGGGCCGCAGCGUCACCAUGAGCUGCCGGGUGCUGCGUGCCUACCCCACGCGCGUGCUCACCUACGAGUGGCGGCUGGGCGGCCGGCUGCUGCGCGCCGGGCAGUUCGACGUGCAGGACUCCACCGCGUACACCGUCAGCAGCCUGGCCCGCGACAGCUACGGCGUCUACAACUGCAACAUCAUCAACGAGGCGGGCGCCGGCCGCUGCAGCUUCCUGGUCACAGGCAAAGCCUACGCGCCCGAGUUCUACUACGACACGUACAACCCGCUAUGGCAGAACAGACCCCGCGUGUACUCGUACAGCCUGCAGUGGACGCAGCUGCACCCCGACGCCGUGGACCGCGUCCUGGCCUACCGCCUGGGCAUCCGGCAGGCCGGACAACAGCGCUGGUGGGAGCAGGAAAUUACGGUGAACGGCCACAUCCAAAAGGGAGAGUUAAUUACCUACAACCUCACCGAGCUGAUCAAGCCGGAGGCCUACGAAGUGCGCCUGACGCCCAUCACCCGAUUCGGGGAGGGGGACUCAACUAUUCGGGUCAUCAAGUACAGCGCUCCGGUGAACCCGCAUCUCCGAGAGUUCCACUGCGGCUUUGAGGACGGCAACAUCUGCCUCUUCACGCAGGAUGACACGGACAACUUCGACUGGACCAAGCAGAGCACCGCCACCAGAGACACCAAAUACACCCCCAACACCGGGCCCAACGCCGACCGCACGGGUUCCAAGGAGGGUUUCUACAUGUACAUUGAGACGUCGCGGCCCAGGCUGGAAGGAGAAAAGGCCAGACUUGUUAGUCCCGUCUUCAGCGUCGCGCCAAAAAAUCCCUACGGAGCUACCAACACGGCGUAUUGCUUCAGCUUCUACUACCACAUGUAUGGACAGCACAUAGGAAGCCUGAACGUCUACCUGCGGCUGAAGGGCCAGACGGCGAUGGACAACCCGCUCUGGUCUUCCAGUGGGAACAAGGGGCAGCACUGGAACCAAGCCCGCGUCAACAUAAACCCCCCGACGUCCUUCCAGCUCAUAUUCGAGGGGAUCCGGGGCCCCGGCAUCGAAGGCGAUAUUGCUAUUGAUGACGUAUCAAUUGUGGAAGGAGAGUGCAUGAAAUCAGACCAGCCGGCCAACAAUUUACGAUCAGGUGCUGCCGGGACGUUAGCGCAUCUACGACUUAUCCCCGUUGUCAUCCUCAUGUCUGUCCUAAGUCAUCAGAGGUGACCUUAUCCUGGCAGAGGCUACAAAAGAUUCACCAGGCACCGGCAUGAAGAAAGAGUCUUUGUAAAACGGACGCUUAAAAACAAACUACCAAAGAUUCCUCCACUGACUGACUCAAAAGUUAAAUAAAUACGUAAAUAGAUAAUAAAAGAAUAAUUAAAAAGCACUGGGGACCUAAAAGGCAUCACGGGAGUGUAACUCACUAUGAACCACGCCUGAGAACGAGACCUGGCCUAAGGAAGGACGGGACCUUCAGGUGCUUUUGUGGUCAGUAACGAACACAGCGUCGUCUGGUUGGACUCUCGGAGAAGAGCUAUAGAACCCUUGUCAAAGCACAAAGUCACGGCUGGUUUUGUUUCAAAUGAAUAGUUUGCUUGUUACCAUGGAAACCGAACGGCCUGCCAAAAAAACAAAGGAUGAGAGAGGAAAUAGAAACAAAAAGCGGGAGAGAAACACCUCACUGCAAACAGGGUACGCGAAGAGCUGGCGUUCAUCUUCCCUUCAAGGAGGUUUUUAGUCUAGAGCUCAAUAACUGUAGGCCCUUUCUUUGGCUGUCACCUCCCCUAGAGAACAACCCCGGAUCAGAGCGGUUUAGGCCGUUCCCGUCCCAUUUCCCACGGCUGUGCUCGGUGACUGCGCUGUCUCCUCCUGCAUGCAUCACGAUCCAGGGCGCGCGACCUGGGCUUAUCCACGUCACACCGGCUUCCCGGGGUUCGCUCGCGGCCGCCCGCACACCCCCCGCCCUCCCGAGCCUCCGUCCGGCCGGGUGAAGAAACCAAACCACCGUCUUUUGUAGAAUCGCCAUGGAAACCAAGUGCCUUCAAUGAAACAAGCCUGAUUUAAAACAAAUAAUAAAUAAGAUUAAUAAUAAUAAUGAUGAUUUCAACAGAGAAGCUCGCACGGCUGAAACGUGGUUUGUGCAAACUAUUUUCUAAACGAACUACGGCGCCCGGGGGUGCGGAUGCAGGCGAGGAGACGAUGGAUGGAUGGGUGGAUGGAUGCGUGGAUGGACCUGAGCUGCUGCGUGAGCCCGGUGGGAUGAGACGCGUGUCGUCCGACCUUCCAGCCAGCCAUGGCCGUUCAGCUCGUUGUCCCUCAGCAAACAGCUCCCGUUGGCCCUGGGGAUGGGAGCAGCGGCGUUACGUUUUUAUCUCUUUGUUUUCAGGUUAUCGAGUGGGUCGACCGGAGGAAAAGGGUUGCUGAGAUAACGUUUUAGCGUAAAAGGUGGUAAGGAGGUUUUCUUAGCGUACUGGACCCCCGCUGGCGAGGUGGGCGGCCCGGCGGGGGCGGGACGGGGCCCAACCCCUGCCCUGCAGCCACACUCUGCAGAUCCAGAGAGAUUAUUUUGUUAUCGUAGUGAAAUUAAACAAAAAUAAAUAAAAGUAAUAAAAAAAAACAAAUCCACUUUUACAAGAGCAAGUUGUACAAAUGGUUUUGAGCCGCCCGAACACCCAAUAGCCAGCCGGUUUGCCACCGCGUUGUAAAGUCCCCUUAUGGUUGGUUAUGACAAUUUGAAGACGUUUUUCAUCAAAUUAUCUCAGCUUUUAACUUCAUUUAAAAGCAAAAAAGACUUUUGUCUAAAGGAGAGUAUUAUUAUUAUUAUUAUAAUUAUUAUUAUUAUUCUAUGUUCUCUCGGCACCCUAGCAUUAAAAACCCUGAUAUGCAAGUAAUUGGAGUACAACCAUUAAAACAAACGAGUAUAAUAUUUGCAAACACGAGUACAAAAAGCACAACGAGAUGCAGUAAAACAACGACAAGGCUUGAUUUUUAUAAAUUCUGUAGAGAAAUGUUUGUGCGAAUUCAGUGAUCCGCCUGAGGAGAUGAUUUUACAGCGAUGUUCAAUAAAGCCUCUUUGCGGGUGAGGAA